AUGGACGUCCCCACGCCACCUCAGAUCACGGUGGAGGGGGUUGGUGUCUCGGAGUGUGGGUCAGAUGAGGAUCAGCCAGCAGACGACCAUCUCCUGACCCUGAAGGCCUUGACGGAGAAGUUGAGACUAGAGACCAGGAGACCUUCGUACCUGGAGUGGCAAGCUCGGCUGGAGGUGGACAGAUUCAAAGAGUCGGGAACCGGACAGAACCCGAUUCUGAAGGAACCUGAAGGGAAACCAGCUGCGCCCAAGGACGGCGUGAACCCUGACGGGAUUCAGUGCAAGCCCACAUCCAGUGUUCUGAAAGGGUUUGGGAAUAUUGACGAGGCUCUCAGUUGGCUCAGGAGAGAACUGACUGACAUGCGUCUGCAGGACCAGCAGCUGGCCCGGCAGCUCAUGCGGCUUCGCAACGACAUCAACAAGCUGAAGAUCGAGCAGACGUGCCACCUGCACCGCAGGAUGCUCAACGAUGCCACCUUCGGUAUGGAGGAGCAGGACGAGCUGUCCGACCUGCUGUUCGAAUGCCCUCUGACCCCGGGCCUCGGCCUCUCGGCUCCACUGAGACUCAUCGGCGUCACGAAGAUGAACAUUAACUCUCGCCGCUUCUCGCUCUGCUAG